CUCUCUCUCUCUCUCUCUGCAAGAAACAUAUCUCCACUGCAAAAUUCUUCCCUCCAAAACCUCUCGCGCGACAAAAUCUAGAGCGAGAAAGUUGGAACGCUGAUAAUCAUCUCCAUCGUCUUCAUCUUCUUCGUCGCGAUUGGUUGCAGAAGGAAGCAAUGGGGAAGGACGAGGACGAGAUGAGGGGCGAAAUAGAGGAGAGGCUGAUAAACGAGGAGUACAAGAUCUGGAAGAAGAACACGCCCUUUUUGUACGAUCUGGUCAUCACUCAUGCCCUAGAGUGGCCUUCCCUCACCGUCGAGUGGCUUCCCGACCGCGAAGAGCCUCCCGGGAAGGACUACUCUGUACAGAAGAUGAUUUUGGGGACGCAUACUUCCGAGAACGAGCCGAACUACCUCAUGCUUGCGCAGGUCCAGCUGCCGCUCGAAGAUGCCGAGAACGAUGCUCGCCACUACGACGACGAUCGCUCUGAUUUCGGCGGAUUCGGUUGCGCCAACGGCAAGGUUCAAAUAAUCCAGCAAAUAAACCAUGAUGGAGAAGUUAACCGGGCUCGUUACAUGCCACAAAAUCCAUUUAUUAUUGCCACCAAGACUGUCAGUGCUGAGGUUUAUGUUUUUGAUUAUAGUAAACAUCCAUCAAAGCCUCCUCUAGACGGUGCAUGCAAUCCUGACUUGAGGUUGAGAGGCCAUAGUACUGAAGGAUAUGGUCUAUCAUGGAGUCAGUUCAAGCAGGGUCACUUAUUAAGUGGUUCUGAUGAUGCCCAAAUUUGCUUGUGGGACAUCAAUGCUACUCCUAAGAAUAAGGCCCUAGAUGCUAUGCAAAUAUUUAAGGUUCAUGAAGGUGUUGUAGAAGAUGUAGCGUGGCAUCUGAGGCAUGAAUAUUUAUUUGGCUCAGUUGGGGAUGACCAAUAUCUGCAUAUAUGGGAUCUCAGGACACCAUCUGUCAGCAAGCCAAUCCAGUCAGUAAUUGCUCAUCAAAGUGAGGUUAACUGCUUAGCUUUCAACCCCUUCAAUGAAUGGGUUGUGGCAACGGGGUCUACAGAUAAAACUGUGAAGUUAUUUGAUCUCCGCAAGAUUUCCACUUCUCUUCAUACAUUUGAUUGUCACAAGGAGGAGGUUUUCCAAGUUGGAUGGAACCCCAAGAAUGAGACUAUCCUGGCUUCUUGUUGUCUUGGGAGGAGGCUUAUGGUGUGGGAUCUUAGCAGGAUCGACGAGGAACAGACACCAGAGGAUGCUGAAGAUGGCCCGCCGGAGUUGCUAUUCAUUCAUGGUGGGCACACAAGUAAAAUUUCAGAUUUCUCAUGGAACCCCUGUGAAGAUUGGGUUAUUGCCAGCGUGGCUGAAGAUAAUAUACUUCAGAUCUGGCAGAUGGCUGAGAACAUCUACCACGAUGAAGAUGAUAUACCUGCAGAUGAACCAGCAAAGGCAUCGUAAAAAAAAAAAUGCCACAUUAGAGAAUGGUCUAAACCCAGAAAGACAAAUGACUUGGAAAUUUAGAAUAGGAGCAUCAUGUCCACCUCCAUCUUUUGGCUUUCCUUUUGCUUUUCUCUUCUUCUGUGUAUUUUAUCUGCGCGUACCAAAUUGCACCCUUUUUAAAAUUUAUGUUGUAUUUAUCUGCAGUAA